AUGGCUUUAUCUCCGACUCCGAGCACCGGGUCCGACGUGUUUGUGAGUUUCAGAGGGGAGGAAAUUCGCAGAGUUUUUGUCAGCCAUAUCUACCGUUCGUUGGAACAAAAGGGCAUUCGAACUUUCAAAGGUGAAACCGAGCUGAACCUGGAACCCUCUGAGAUUCAUCUGGCGGCUAUCCGAGCCUCGAAAGUUGCAAUCGUCGUCGUAUCUAAGAACUAUGUCUCUUCGCCUUCGGUCCUGAGAGAGCUCGAAGAGAUUCUAAAUUAUCUGCGUAACGGUUACCUUACAGUCUUUCCAGUCUAUUACGGAGUAGAUGACUCGGAUGUUAAAAGACAGGCCGAAGAAGUCUGCACUGAUCAGGUGGAAUUAUCGGCGACGGCGUGGAGGAAUGCACUGAUGGAGCUGGCAUGCAUCUCCGGCGAGCAGUCAAACAAUUGGCAUUGCCUUGAUAGGGAGGAUGAUGCGGAGCUGAUCCUGAAAAUCACAAAUGACAUUUGGGAUAAGUUGACCUCUUCUAGAUUCCGUGGCCUUGUGGGGAUGGAUCUCCGCAUGAGACGACUUUAUGAAUUGUUGUGUUUGGAUGCUAAGUAUGAUGAAGUACGCGAGAUUGGCAUUUGGGGUCGGGCAAGUCUUGGCAAAAGAACGCUUGCCAAGAUUGUGUAUCAAGAGAUAUCUCACUCUUUUGAUGUCUCUUUUCAAGCAUCGGGUAGUCUGCACAUGAUCUCCCCUGAUGACACAGCAUGGCUCACAGACCAAAGAGUACUUCUCGUUCUUGUCGGUGUUGAUAUAAUUGAAAAACUAGAUAUCCUUAGGGAGUACAUUAAACUGUUUGGUCCAGGGAGCAGAGUCAUUGUAACCUGCCUAGACAAGAAGUUGCUUCUUGCCUGCGGGGUAACACUUUUGUACCAAGUUGAAUCCCUAGAAUUCUAUGAAGCUCUAGAACUCUUGAACCUCCACGCUUUCAAGGAUAUUGCUCCUCUUGAAGGUUAUGAACAGUUCUUAGCUCGUGCGAUUAAGAUUGGCAAUGGUUAUCCUUCAGUGAUUGCUGCAGUCGGCUCAGAAUUAUGUGCUAAACCUAAAGAAGAGUGGGAAACAAUAUUGUCCAGAUACGAGCAAUCAUCUGAUGAAUGCACUACAGGAACAGAGAGAAGUAGCUCUGAUGCGUCAGUUGGAUCUCGGUAG